AUGAUGGUCAAACCAGAUAGUGCCACCGUCUGUACGUCUUCGGAAGAACACGAGGCACUCCUCUCUGCAAUUAAAUUUAAUGCACUAGCAUCAUUCCCGACUAAAAGUUUGUUUUCCUCCGGAGUACUAAUACCCAACACUGAACUGCUAGACAGAGAAAUAUACGACAGAGACUCCUACGAAGAAGGCAUGGACCGACGGACCUCCCAGGAAUCCGCAGCUAUAAUCAUUUUAAACUGCUCCCUACCCUUUGAAGAAUCCACGACGUUCCAGGAACCGAUAUGGCGCUUAAGAAGGCCGAAUUCCUUCUUCGUGGAGGAAGGGUACAGUGGAGGCGAGGAAGAGGAUGGGGCUGAUGAGGACAGCUACCCUCUGGAGGAUUCCUUGCACUCGCCGACGAUUCCAUCCUCCGAGGCCCACGACGGAUCGCAAUCAGUGCCUCUUCCUGUCUUUCUCGAAGAGCCGACGGACACCUACAUCAUCAAGAACAAGCCGGCCACCUUGCAGUGCAGGGCCUCACAUGCUCUUCAGGUAUACUUCAAAUGCAACGGUGGCCGAGUGUCCGAAAACAGUGUCCAGCAGGAGUUCGUCGAUCCGCAGACAGGAGUACGAAACGUGGAAGCCUCGGUCAACAUCACGCGAGACGACGUUGAAGAAUACUUCGGCAAAGACAAGUUCAAGUGUGAGUGUAUUGCGUGGUCUUCGAGAGGGAACAUCAGGAGCCAACCCGCUGUUCUCGACGUUGCAUACUGCUUCACUUAUCCUUUUGAGUACUUUCCUCCUUCCAAGGUACCUGUUAGGGAUCACGGCACACCCUUACAACCUGUUUGCUUAAUAUUUUCCGCAACUCCAGUUAUCAUGAAAGAGAUGAAGAAGGAUCUUAUUCACCCUCAUUGA